UGCUUACAGAUAUAAACAAUCGCGGGCUCAAAAUCACCAAAAAACAUCCAAAAUGCCGACUAAAAAGAAGAAGUUCAACGCUCGCUUUCCCCCGGCUCGGAUAAAAAAGAUAAUGCAAACAGACGAGGAUGUUGGCAAGGUUGCUGCAGCCGUACCAGUAAUAAUUUCGAAAGCACUCGAGAUUUUUAUGCAGACGUUGGUCGAGAAAGCUUGCUAUUACACACAAGCAAGAAACGCAAAAACGCUUAGCACGGCGCACUUAAAGCGGUGCAUCACUUCAGAACAGCAGUUUGACUUUUUAAAAGACCUUGUAGAAAAUAUACCUGACCUUCCUGCUAAUGAAGAAGAAGGGGAAGGAGAACCGAAACCGAAGAGGAGAAAAGCACAGCCUUCUGCUCCCAAGGAGAAACAAACAAAAUCACGAAAAAGAGACAAGAAGAAAGAUAAGCCAGCCUUGACGGAUGAGUCAGACGAGGAGGUUGACUCAGAGGAAGAGGAGUCAGUAUCAUCUGAGGGUCACAGUUACCAUGGCAACAGCACCAGUACCAGCAACACUUCCAAUGCGAACAUCCCAGCAAUAACUAUUUCCAAACCAGAGAAUGAGCAGGAUGAAGUGUUUGAGCCACCAGCUGCUGCCUCACUCUCAAUGCCAUCUUCCUUCGCCAGCAAACCUCUCCUGAACACAUGCCCCUCCAUAGAAGAAGACGAUGACUACGACUCCUGAUCUUAUUUGUACACCCACAUGUGUGUUACACUUUAACAAACUUUGUACUUACUUCCUUGUUCAAGAUUAUUUCUGAAUCUCUUCUACAUUGGUUUGUGCUUACUGACAGCAUAACAACACAAGUAUACACAACCUUCUUUUAAAAUGGAUGGAUAUUUUUCCAUAAGCAGCACAAUUCUUAUAUACCAGCAAGGAAACAACAUACGAGAAAAUUCAAGUGUUUUCCAUUGGUGUCUUUUUAUGUUGCUGUGUUCUUUGUGUGCAUGUAUGCUAUUGAUAUGCACUUGAGCUAACUAGGCAUGGAUACUAAGAAGUGUACAGUGAAUAUCUUGAGCUUAAUUACUGACUUCUCACAGGUGUAGUAUAUACUUGUAGAUAAAUAUGUAUGAUUUUCUAGACAAGGUGGAACAUGUUUUCUUUUUUGGAGCUUUUUUCAUUACUAAUGCUCUCUUUUUUUGUAAACAAAUAUUGCACCAGAUAGUGAUAUUGCUAUGCAGGCAAAAGGGCUGUAACAUUUCUAUAUUCCGUUUCCAUAAGAAAAGAGACUGUUCCUGUUUUUAUUAACUGUGAUCAGAAUCUUGGAUAAAAGGAGUGGUCUCUUCUAUUGUGGCUUGUGUGAGUAUAACCAGGUGGAUGUGGCAUCUUUGUCACUUUUCUUUAGGAAGGAGCAAGCAAAUAGGUAUGCUUUUAUCCCUAGAGGCAAUGUGUAAAUGCACAAAUGUUAUAACCCAUGUUAUAGUGAAGUGAUAGCAUCAUAACACUUUUGAGAUAUCUUAUCAAAACUUUGUUUACUUCCUUGUGCUACAAGCUUGCUAUUUGCUUUGAAGUAUUGUUAAGUUCUGGACAGUACCUCAGUUGUUCUUGGUCCAGUUGUUAACAAAUGCUGAGCUGUCCCCAGUACAAGCUGAAUGUAACAUCUAUAUCUUAUAGGUUAUGGUAAUGACACUAUCACCAAAUAAUGAAGGUAUCAUAUGUUUUAUUUAGGGUUGAGAAGGGGAAAAAAGUGUUAUUAUGUUACCUGGAUUGUUUAACCAUGACUAUUUGCAAAGGCCGCAUAACUUUUUGUUACUGUUAUAGGAUAUUGUAACCAAGGGAAAUUCUUAUUAAAUAUUUUUAGUAACUCUUU